GGGGGGCGCGGAGCGCGCCCUGCCCUGCCCGGCCCCCGCCGCCGGCGCUCCGCGCAUCGCAGGCGGCAGCGCCUCGCAGGCGGCAGCGCCGGUCCGCCCGUCUCCGUACCUGCCUCUCCCGCGGGGAAGCUGCACCAGCCCAGGGACUCUCUGCCGCGGGGGCCGCCGCCGCCUCCCUGCUCCCUCCCCGCCUCUUGCCCAGCCGGUGAGCGCCGCCGGCUCGCCCCGCCGUGAAGUCUGGGCGCCCCCCAGCCCUAUCUGCUGCUCCCCAUGGGGAUCCGGGAGUUCCCCAACGGCUCCGCGCGGGGCAAAGCCGCCACCCUCGGCAUGCGGCGCUCCCCCGAUGUCAGCCCCCGGCGGCUGUCCGACAUCAGCCCGCAGCUGCGGCAGCUGAAGUACCUGGUGGUGGACGAGGCCAUCAAAGAGGACUUGAAGUGGUCCCGCUCCGUGGAGGACCUCACCAGCGCUUCCGUGGGGCUCACCUCCAUCGAGGAGCGGAUCCUCCGCAUCACCGGCUACUACGGCUACCAGCCCUGGGCCACCAGCUACAAACGGGAUGAGCGCUCCCGGGAGUCUCCAGCCCCAGCCGAAGCACAGAUGCAAGCCGGGGCGGAAGGCGGUGGAAGGGUGAACCGCUGUUGCUGGAAAUGCUCCGUGACGCAACUCAAGAAGAUUUUCUGGGGUGUGGCUGUGGUCCUGGGUGUCUGCUCCUCCUGGUCGGGUUCAACCCAGCUAGCAAAACUGACCUUUAAGAAAUUCGAUGCACCCUUCACUCUAACGUGGUUUGCAACAAACUGGAACGUUUUAUUCUUUCCCUUGUAUUAUCUUGGACAUGUUUUUAAGUCAGCUGAAAAGCAGUCUCCAAAGCAAAGAUACAGGGAGUGCUGCCGAUUUUUUGGAGACAAUGGCUUGACUUUGAAGGUAUUUUUUACCAAGGCAGCACCCUUUGGUGUUCUUUGGACACUCACAAACUACCUUUACUUACAUGCAAUAAAGAAAAUAAACACUACGGAUGUCUCCGUGUUGUUCUGCUGCAACAAAGCUUUCGUGUUCUUGCUUUCAUGGAUCGUUCUGAGGGACAGGUUCAUGGGAGUGAGGAUCGUGGCUGCUAUAUUUGCUAUUGCAGGGAUAGUUAUGAUGACGUACGCUGAUGGGUUUCACAGCCACUCCGUUAUUGGGAUAGCCCUGGUGGUGGGCUCUGCCUCAAUGUCUGCUCUCUACAAGGUUUUAUUCAAACUUCUUUUAGGCAGUGCUAAAUUUGGAGAAGCUGCCUUAUUCCUGUCCGUGUUAGCUGUCUUCAACGUCCUCUUCGUUACCUGUAUUCCUGUCAUCCUUUAUUUUACCAAAGUGGAGUACUGGAGCUCUUUCGAUGUUAUUCCUUGGGGAAACCUCUGCGGAUUUUCGAUUCUCUUCUUGACAUUCAAUAUUCUACUAAAUUUUGGGAUUGCUAUUACAUACCCUACCUUGAUUUCUCUUGGAAUUGUACUGAGUGUCCCAGUGAAUGCAGUUGUUGAUCACUACACGAGUGAAAUUGUCUUCAACAGUGUCCGAGUAAUCGCCAUCAUCAUUAUUGGCCUGGGCUUCCUCCUGUUACUCUUGCCAGAGGAAUGGGACGUCUGGGUAAUAAAGCUUCUCACGCGUCUCAAAGUCCGGAAGAAGGAAGAAAUCCCCGAAGGGAAUGGAGACGUUGCUUCAGGACUGCCUAACAAGAGCCGGAGAACUCGCCCCUCCAUGUCAUCCUUUGCUCAUUAAAUGCUCUUUUUACCAAA